AUGGACAAAGGAGCAAUCCUCAGCACGUCGGCCCUCUUGGGCCUCUCAACCUCCCUCUACCUUUCUGGUGUCCACUUCUCAGCUUCUCAACUUACUCUCCCCAUCUUGUACCGUCUCCCUGCGGCGACCAGCACCUCUAUUUUUACGGAGCUCUACUACCGGGGCGCAAAGACCAUCGUCCCGCUCGCUCUCUUGUCCAGCCUGAGCACUGGACUUGCCGCCAUCCUUGACCCUGAGAGACGUGUCGGGUAUGCCGUUGCCGCCGGCCUCACCUUGGCCACGCUACCCUGGACUAGACUGGCCAUGACGGGCACUAUCGAGACACUGAUCGGGCUCUCCAACGAUGCCGCAGCGAGGGAAAAGGUUCAAGACGGCGAGGUCGAGGGACUGCUCAGGCGAUGGAACUGGAUGAAUCUCGUUAGAUCUGUGUUGGAUGGUAUGGGCGGCAUCGUCGCCCUGCUUGUUGCCUUCAAGGCUCUCUGA